UUUCUUGGCAGGAAAUUCUUUUGUACUGUUGCUUAGUCACACUUGUUCGUCAGUCUUUGAGUCCUCAAGGGAAGAAUUUACGUAAAGAUGGAAACUAAAGUACAAUUGUUCUGUCAGGCAGAAGAAAAUAUUGACAUAGUGGAUGCUGGCUCUCAUUCUUUUGCAACUGACUUGCCAUCAAGAAAUAUUUACAGCAAGAAGUACAUCAAGUUUUCUAAAACAACAGAGAAGAAAAUUUCACCAUUAAUUUCACCUGAUAUUAGGGGUUUGAGCCCAGAACACAAAAAAACGUAUGAAACAUCAGUAUUCCUACAUGAAGAAAAAUACUCUGACAAAAUCAGGAAAAAGAAAAGUUUACAACUGCAUAGUAAAAGAACUGAGAUUAUCUCUUCCUCUGUGAAGCUGUCAAAGGAGAAGAUAACUAAGAAAGAAAGCUCUUUAUGUAAGUUGCCGAAUCAGUACAGAGUUCACAGGACUUCAUCACCUAUAAGAAAAUCUUCAAUUACUGGGAAAAAGGAAACACUUUCUAAACUCUAUCAGACGUUAUAUGAUGAAGUACCCUGCGGACACUUGUACUCACAAGAGCUAAAUGCACUUCAGAAAGCCUGUAAACUUUUUAGUAAAAUUCAGAAUGGUAAGAUUUACGUGAAUGAUCUGCCAGUGAUCCUAUGCACCUUGAAGAUUUCUGUAAAUGAUUCAGAAAUGCGACAGGCACUAAAGACUAUUGGUAUUGAUGGUAAUGGACUGCUGGAUUUUUCAACUUUCCUUAAGGCUUUGAAUGAUGUUUCUUAUUGGGUCUCUCAGGAUCCAGCAUUCCAGGAUGCCUUGAAGAUAUUCUGUAGAAUAAAAGAUGGUCAAGUUGCAACUGAUGAAUUGGCUCCAGUUUUGAGUAGUAUGAAUAUCUUUGUAGAUCCUGAGACUGUUCAAGAGACGAUAAACUAUACCUUUGUUGACAGUAACAACAUGGUGGAUAUGGGAAAUAUUAUAUUUAUAUUGAAUGAACUACAAGAACAGUAUGAGGAUGUUUCAAUUAUGGAAGAGCCAGACCUGGAUGAAACUACUUCAGUUCGAAAGUUAUCAAAGCUAUCUCGACGCUCUCUACAAUUUAAGAAGAUAGGCAGUUUACCUUCCAGACUGUCUGAAAUUUCAGUAACCCAAAAGUUAAACAGAAAAAGCCUCCAACAUCAUAGUAAAAUUAUGGAGAAUAAUGAUAACCUUGAAUUUAAAAGUCCAAAAAAUACUUGGCAAAUAAAAAAAAUCUUGGAAGAAGAUGAUGACAGUGAUGUAGGAUCCCAGGAAUCAUACCCAAAGGAUGGCAUAAACCUAAAAAAACAUUCAGACAAGGCUGAAAUUCAUGACUUAAAAUAUAAACCACAAAGGUUGAAGAGUAUUUCAAACUUCAAAAAGUCUCUGGAUAAAAGUGAUAUUUCUAGUAUUUCAGAGUUAAAGAAGCCAGCUGUAAGAAGGCAUUCCAGCUUGCUGAAAGAGAUUUCAUCUAAGGAAAAAACUGCAAUUGAUACUCUGGAUUUAGAAAGUGUCUGUAAAGCUAUCCGUAAACUCAAAGAAAAUUACGUUGCUGCAGAAGAACUUCAGUCCAUUUUGCCUUCAGUAGGAAUUACUUUAUCAGAUAAAGAGUUCCAGAAGAUUGUGACAGACACUACUAGAAAUGAAAAUGAAAUGGUGAAGUUAGAUGAUUUUAUGAGAGCUCUUGCCAAGGAGCGAAGUCUCUCCAAAUGUGCUGGAUUAUCUGAUGUCAUUAAAGCCAUUGAUAAAAUCAAAGAGGAAAAUGUCGAUUGUGAGGAUCUGAAUACUUGUCUUCAAAAUUUUGGAGUUUAUCUUUCUAAGUCAGAAUUUGAGAAGAUCAAAGAUAUGACUCACGUUGAUGAAAUGAGAAAAGUAAAUUUUAAAGAAUUCGUUGAUAAUAUGAUGAACAACACGGAACGCUUCUCUGAAAAAUUAUUAUUGCCUGAUGCUAUUGAAAACCUCAACAAUCUCAGCAAAGAGAAGAUGAAUGUUUCUGACCUGUGGAACAUUCUGUCUAGUUUGAAUAGUAAUUUAAAAAAAGACGAGUUCUUAGCUGCCAUGAAACUAGCACCAGUUGAUGAAGGUCACAAAGUACAAUUUGAAGAAUUGGCAGAAGUGGCAAGGAAUGUACAUGAUGCCUCAAGAUUAGAUGAAUUAAAGAAGGUUACCUUUGCCCUCAAUUUACUUGAAGGUGACAUGAUAGCUGGGAAGAAUUUAGAAGACUUCCUAAGAAAUAUUGGGAUUAAGUCACCUAAAGAAGAGGUAGAGAAAAUUCUUCAAUCAGAUUUUAUUUCUGAAGAUAACAUGGUGAAUAUUAAAGACUGUAUGAGGGCUUUGAGGGACACCAAGAAGUUUUCCAAUUUUAUGGCAUUGAAUGAGGCCAUCAACACAUUGGACCGCAUGAAAGAAAGUUAUCAAUCUGAUAAUGACAAACAUUCAGAUGCACUUGAAAACACCGCUGUACCUUAUUUCACUGAUGAAACCCUUCAAGGGAUACUGGAUGAUUCCUAUGUUGAGGAGAUUAAAGAAACUGCAUACGUCUUAUCACAUGUUGAUAAUGGCAGAAUUAGUAUAUCUAACUUGGAGCAUGCCUUGAAAAAUUUAAAUGUUAAUUUAACUGAGGAGGAUUUCAGUGAAGCUCUUAAACGUUGUGACAUCAAUGAAAAUAUGGAGGUGGAUUUAAAAGAAUUCUUAAUGGAAGUGAAAGAAAUUCCAUGUUUCAAAAAGUCCAUAGCUACACAGCUACUCUUAGCUACUUCCCAAAUUCUUCAAAAUGAUCUAAUUGAUGUCUCUGACCUCAAGACAUCAUUGAUGAACAAUGAGCUUUAUGGAGCUAAUGCCAUACUUGAUGAAGUGUUAAGACAUAAGCCUGAACAUGAAAAUGGCAAGAUGACCAUUCAAGAAUUUAUGUCUAAGGUCUCUAAUACAUUGACAAUUCCUAAUGAUGCAGAUUUAUUUCAAGAGAUUGCAACUGUUGAUAAGAUUAGAAAUGAGAAGAUGCCUGUAAAUGAAAUGAGCUCCAGACUCUUGAGUACUGGAGUUCCAUUAAGCAGCAAGACAUUCCAGGAGAUCCUGAGACAAGCAUCUAUUGAUGAAAAUAGUGAAGUAAGCCUCAAACAACUUUUGGAGACUUUGAACACAAGGAAGCCAGUUCCGGUGUUUGAAAAUAUACACAGUGCCCUCAAUACUGUCAACCUGAUGAACUGUGACAGAAUUCAAGUUAAUGACUUGAAAGAUGCUUUUGAUGACCUUGGUGUUCCUUUAAAGCGUGAAGAAUAUGAGAUGUUAGAGAAAACGCUUGAUAUUGAUGAAAAGGGGGACAUUUCCCUAAAGACUGCCCUUUUAGCAUUGAAGAGCAAUAAGCGUUUUCAGGAUUUUAGAGAGGUUAAUGAACUUGCAAAGGCCUUAGACAAGGUCACCAAUGAAAAGGUUCAUGUUGAUGACAUAAAAUCUAUACUGAAAGGCUUGGGGAUUUAUUUUCCAGAGGAGGAGCUACAGGAAGUACUCACAUCCACUACCAUUGAUAACAAAGGAAAUGUGGUCUUAAAAGAUUUCAUGACUGGGUUGACAAAAACGCCAUAUUUUACUAAAAGUUCAGAAAUAGAAGGCCCCUUGAAAGCCCUGGCCUCCAUUAGGAGAAAUGUGACCAAUCCUGAUGACCUAGGUUCCAUAAUGAAAAGUAUAGGAGUUCCAGUGUGCCAAGAUGUGAUUCAAAGAACACUGAAGAAUGUGACUUUCAGGGAGGAUGGGACAGUGAAUUUAGAAGAGUUUAUGGACAAUUUAAGCAGUUCAAGAUUUUCAUCUCUACGUGAAAAAUUCAACAGUGAGGCCAUCUGGACAUGGAAUUUUCUUUAUGGAGAUAGGGUUGAUGUCAGCAACCUAGACACUUUUCUAGGAAACAUGAGAAUGGAGAUGCCAGUUAAACAAUUGAGUGAGUUUCCAAAGGACCUGUCACUUGAAGUUGCUAAAAAAGUGAACAAGAAGAAAGGGAUAAAAGAUAGGAGGGUAUCUAUAGGAGGAAAGAUUGAUGUCAGUAAUGUGAAUUCUGUUCUGGAAAGCAUGGCUAUAAAACUUACAGAAGACGAACAGCAGGAUCUUCUAGAACACAUUUCAGCUACUGAAAUGAAGAAACAGAGACAUACAACAGCUGAUGAAGAUCUGGAUAUGAAUACAUUGAAAGAGAUUGUGAAGAAUCUUAAAGAAAAAAUCGAGGUCUGUAACCUGGACAACUUCCUGGACAAUAUGGGGAUUGAACUUACAUAUGAGGAACAAAAGGAGUUGGUAAAUCAUCUCCCAGCUAAUGCUGAUGGGAAGAUAAAUCAGCUUAAAUUGAUGAAUACCAUGAAGACUCUUAAAAGAGGCAAGGUUUCUGCCAAAAAUCUAAACACUGUUCUGGAGAAUUUGGGAGUGGAGCUCACAGAGCAGGAAUUUCAGAACCUACAAAAACAUUUAUCAGUUGAUGUUAAUGAGAAUGUAGAUCUGAAUACACUUCUGGAUGAAGUUAAGGUUCUUAAAGAUGAGAGAAAAAUAAGUCAGAGGAAGCUGAUAGAUACAGCAGAGGCUGUUAAAGCUGAUGGGAGAGUUGAAGUUAAUAAACUGAUGAAUGUAGCUAAAGCUAUUACAGGAAAGAAAAUUGAUUCCAGGGAUGUUCAAAAUAUUCUGGGGAACAUGGCAAUUAAACUCACAGAUAAAGAAAGCUUGCAGCUGCUGAAAACUUUGUCAGUGGAUGGGUUGAAAGUUGAUGUUCACGACCUUGACACUGUCCUUGGAAACAUGGCAAGCAAACUCACAACUGAGGAACUUAAUGAUCUAAUUCCAGAUCUAUCAGUUGAUGCUGAUGGGAAGGUUGAUGUCAGUGUCUUAAUGGAUAGAGUAAAAGCUGUUACAGGGGGAGACGUCGAUGUCAAUGACAUGGAAAAAGUUCUGGGAAACAUGAGGAUAGAACUAACAGAUAAGGAACACUGGGUGUUGAUGAACAGUCUGCCAGUUGAUGGAGAAAAGGUUGAUGUUAAUGAUAUUAAAAGUAUUCUGGAAAAUAUGGGGAUAGAGCUCACACCUAAAGGAAGACUGGAGCUGAUGAACAAUCUGCCAGUUGAUUCUAAUGGAAAGGUCUCUCAGAAGAGAUUGAUGGAUGGUGUGAAAUCCCUUAAAGGUGGGGUUGUUGAUGUCAGUAAACUGGACACUGUUUUGCAAAACAUGGAGGUGAAUCUCACAGAAAAGGAAAUUAGUGACAUUAAGCAAAACUUACCAGUUGAUGUUAAUGGGAAAGUUGAUAUGAAAAUGUUAAUGGAAGGAUUGAAAGCUUUUACUGGAAAAAAAGUUGAUGCCAGUGACUUGGAGAAAGUUCUGGGAAAUAUGGGGAUCCAGCUCACAGAACAGGAGCUUAAAAAGCUGCAAAAAACUCUGCCAGUUGAUGAUGCUGGAAAGGUAUUUCAGAAGAAUUUAUUGGAUACUGUAAAGUCUCUCCAAGUAGGGAAGGUUAAUGCGAACAAUCUGGAUGCUGUUCUGGGACACAUGGGGAUCAAGCUCAAAGGAAAGGAAUAUGAAAGGCUAAUGGAAAACCUACCUAUUAAUGAUAAUGGGAAGGUUGAUGUCAAUAACUUGAUGGAUGCUUUAACAACGGUUACAGGAAAAGCCAUUGAUGUCAGUGACCUCGAAAAUGUACUAGAAAAUAUGGGGAUAGAGUUCACAGAUAAGGAACGAGAAAAGCUAAUGAAAAACAUGCCAAUUGAUGCUGAUGGAAAGAUCUAUAAUAAUAGACUGAUGGAUGGUUUGAAGUCUCUUAAAGGAGGGAUUAUUGAUGCCACUAAAGUGGAGCCUCUUUUGCAAAACAUGGGAAUGAACCUUGCAGAAAAUGAAAUUAGUGAUUUGACACACAAUCUGCCAGUUGAUGUUCAUGGGAAGAUUGAAAUGAAAAAGCUUAUGGAUGGAAUGAAAGCUUUUACAGGGAAAAAGAUUCAUUCCAGUGACCUGGAGAAUGUUCUGGGAAACAUGGGGAUUGAGCUCACAGACAAGGAACUCAUAAAGCUGCAGGAAACUCUGCCAGUUGAUGCUGCCGGAAAUGUGUUUCAGAAGAGAGUGUUAGAUGGCGUGAAAUCUAUCAAAGGGGGGAAGGUUAAUGCCAAUAACCUGGACACUGUCCUGGGAAACCUCGGGAUCAAGCUCACACAAAAGGAACAUGAAAGUCUAACAGAAAAUCUGCCACUUAGUGCUAACGGGAUGGUUGAGCUCAAUAAAUUGAUGGAUGCAGUGACAGCUGUUACAGGAGGAGAAGUUAAUAUCAGUGAUAUGGAAAAUAUUCUGGGAAAAAUUGGGAUAGAACUCACCGAUAAGGAAUGCUUGGAACUAGAGAAAAAUCUGCCAGUUGAUGCUGAUGGAGAGGUGUAUAACAAUAGGCUGAUGGAUGGUGUGAAAGCCCUUAAAGGAGGGAUUGUUGAUGUCAAUAAACUGGACACUGUUCUGGAAAACAUGGGAAUGAAACUCACAGGAACGGAAAGAAAAGAUUUGAUAAAGAAGCUGCCUGUGGACGUUAAUGGGAAAGUUGAAAUGAAAAAGUUGAUAGAUGGAAUGAAAGCUUUUACUGGAAAAAAGAUUGAUGCCAAUAAUCUGCUGAAAGUUCUGGGAAACAUGGGGAUUGAGCUCACAGAAAAAGAUCAUGUGAAGCUGCUAGAAACACUGCCAAUUGAUGAUACAGGAAAGGUGUAUCAGAACAGAUUGUUGAAUGGUGUGAAGUCUAUCAAAGGAGGAAUGGUUAAAGGCAAUAACCUAGACUGUGUUCUGGAAAACCUGGGGGUUGAACUCACAGAAAAGGAACGUGAAAGUCUGACAAAAAAUCUUCCACUUAAUGCUAAUGAGAACGUUGAUCUCCAUAUGUUGAUGGAAGCAGUGGAAACUAUUACAGGAGGAGAAGUUGAUGUCAGUGAUGUCGAAAAUGUUCUUGGAAAAAUGGGGAUAACAUUCACAGAUAAGGAACUUGUGAAACUAGUAAAAAAUCUACCAGUUAAUUCUAAUGGAAAAGUCUACAAGAGUAGAUUACUGGGUGAUUUGAAGCCUCUGAAUGGAGGGACUGUUGAUGUCAAUAACCUGGACCUAAUUUUGAGAAACCAGGGACUGAAACUCACAGAAGAAGAAAUUAAUGAUCUGAAAGGGAACCUGCCCAUUGAUGCAGAUGGGAAAGUUACAAUGAGAAAGUUGUUAGAUGGAUUAAAGGCUUUUACAGGAGAAAAGGUUGAUGUGCAGUAUUUACCAGAUAUUUUGAGCAACAUCGGGAUUGAGCUGACAGACAAAGAACAAGUGAAGCUACUACAAAUGCUGCCAGUUGAUGCUGCCAGGGAGAUCUAUAAAAAUAGAUUGCUGGAUGGUGUGAAGUCUUUCAAAAGAGGGAAAGUUAAAAGAAGUAAAAUCAAUACUGUUCUAGAAAACAUGGGAAUCCAGCUCACUGAAAAGGAGUGUAACAGUCUAGCAGAAAAUCUACUAGUUAAUGCUAAUGGGACAGUUGAGCUCAAUAAAUUGAUGGAUGAAGUGACAGCGAUUACAGGAGGAGAAGUUAAUGUAAGUGAUAUAGAAAAUAUUCUGGAAAAAAUUGGGAUAAACCUCACAGAUAAGGAAUGGUUGGAACUAGAGAAAAAUCUGCCAGUUGAUGCUGAUGGAAAGGUGUAUCAGAAUAGGUUGAUGGAUGGUGUGAAAGCCCUUAAAGGAGGGAUUGUUGAUGUCAAUAAACUGGACACUGUUUUGGAAAACAUGGGAAUGAAACUCACAGGAACGGAAAGAAAAGAUUUGAUAAAGAAGCUGCCUGUGGACGUUAAUGGGAAGGUUGACAUGAAAAAGUUGAUGGAUACCAUGAAAGCUUUUACUGGAAAAAAGGUUGAUGCCAGUAAUCUGCUGAAAGUUCUGGGAAACAUGGGGAUUGAGCUCACAGAAAAGGAUCAUGUGAAGCUGCUAGAAACACUGCCAAUUGAUGAUGCAGGAAAGGUGUAUCAGAAUAGAUUGUUGAAUGGUGUGAAGUCUAUCAAAGGAGGAAUGGUUAAAGUCAAAAACCUAGACACUGUUCUGGAAAACCUGGGGGUUGAACUCACAGAAAAGGAACGUGAAGGUCUGACAGAAAAUCUGCCACUUAGUGCUAGUGGGAAAGUUGGUCUCAAUGUAUUGAUGGAAGCAGUGGAAACUAUUACAGGAGGAGAGGUUAAUGCCAGUGAUGUGGCAGAUGUUCUGGAUAAAAUGGGAAUAACAUUCACAGAUAAGGAAUGUGUGGAAAUGGUAAAAAAUCUGCCAACUAAUGCUAAUGGAAAAGUCUACAAGAAUAGAUUACUGGGUGAUUUGAAGCCUCUUAAGGGAGGGAUUGUUGAUGUCAAUAAACUGGACCUAAUUUUGAGAAACCAGGAAUUGAAACUCACAGAAGAAGAAAUUAAUGAUCUGAAAAGGAACCUGCCCAUUGAUGAAAAUUGGAAUGUUGCAAUGAAAACGUUGUUGGAUGGAUUAAAAGCUUUUACAGGAGAAAAGAUUGAUGUGCGAUAUACACAGGAUAUUCUGAGGAACAUGGGGAUUGAGCUAACAGACAAAGAACAAGUGAAGUUGCUACAAACGCUGCCAGUUGAUGCUGCUGGAAAGACCUAUAAAAAUAGAUUGCUGGAUGGUGUGAAGUCUUUCAAAGGAGGGAAAGUUAGAAGAAGUAAAAUGAAUACUGUUCUAGAAAACAUGGGAAUCCAACUCACAGAAAAGGAGCUUAACAGUCUAGCAGAAAAUCUACCAGUUAAUGCUUCUGGGAAGGUUGAUCUGAAUAAGUUGAUGGAUGGAGUGAAAGCUAUCACAGGAGACAAAGCCAAUAUCAGAGAAAUCAAAAAUAUUCUAGAAAGUAUCGGGGUGGAACUCACAGAGAAGGAACAUUCAGAGUUGAUGAAAAAUCUACCUGUUGAUGUUGACGAAAAUUUCUAUCAGAAUAGGUUGAUGGAUGGUGUGAAGUCUCUUAAAGGAGGGAAAGUUGAUAUCAGAAAACUGGACACAGUACUGAGAAACAUGGGGAUGAAAAUUUCAGAAAUGGAGCUUAAAGAUAUGGCAAAGAAUCUACCAGUGGAUGUUGAUGGGAAAGUUGAUAUGAGAAAGAUGGUGGAUGGAAUGAAAGCUUUUACAGGAGAAAAGAUUGAUGUUGAUGAUCUCCAAAACACUCUAGAAAGCAUGGGGAUUGAGCUCACGGAAGAGGAAUCCUUAAAUCUGAAGAAAACCCUGCCAGUUGAUGAUACUGGGAUGGUAUUUCAGAAUAGAUUGUUGGACGGAGUGAAGUCUCUCAAAGGAGGAAACGUUAAUGUCAAUAGCAUAGAUACCAUUCUGGAAAAUAUGGGGAUCAAACUCACAGAACCAGAGCUUCAAAGUCUAACAGAAAGCCUACCAGUUAAAGCUAAUAGGAAGAUUGGUCUUGAUGAACUGAUGAAUGGAUUGAAAACUCUUAUGGGAGGGCAGAUUUAUGACAGUGAUGUGAAAAAUGUUCUGGGAAACAUAGGGAUAGAACUCACAGAAAAAGAGUGCUUGAAGCUCCUGCAAAAUCUGCCAAUAGAUGAUGGAAAGAUCUAUCAAAAUAGGCUGAUGGAUGGUGUGAAGUCUCUUAAAAGAGGGACUGUUGAUAUCAAUAAACUGAACACAGUUCUAGGAAACAUGGGCAUGAGCCUCACAGAAAAGGAACUUAAAGAUCUGACACAGAAUUUGACAGUGGAUGUUGAUGGGAAAGUCACUCUGAAAAAGGUGAUGGAUGGAAUGAAAAAUUUCUCAGGAGUAAAGGUUGAUGGCAGUGACCUUCAACAAGUUCUGGGAAACAUGGGGAUUGAGCUGACAAAGGUGGAAUGCUCAGAGCUGGAGAAAACCCUGCCAGUUGAUGCUGCUGGACAGGUGUUUCAGAAUAGGGUGUUGGAUGGUGUAAAGUCUCUUAAAGGAGCGAUGGUUAACGUCAGUGACCUGAACAAAGUUCUUGGAAACUUUGGAAUUAAACUCACAGAAAAAGAACUUGAAGGUCUGACAGAAAACCUUCCAGCUGAUGUUAAUGGGAAGAUUGUUCUCAGUAAGCUAAUGGAUAAAGUAAAAGCUGUUAUAGGAGAGGACAUUGAUAUCGCUGACAUACAAAAUUUUCUGGAAAACAUGGGGAUAGAACUUACAGAUAAAGAAUGCUUGGAGUUGGUGAAAAAGCUGCCAGUUGUUGCUGAUAGAAAGAUUUAUCAGAAUAGAUUGCUGGAAGGUAUGAAGACUUUUAGAGGAGGGAAAAUUGAUGUUGAUAAACUGGACACAGUUCUGGAAAACAUGGGGAUGAACCUCACAGAAAAGGAACUCAAAGAUCUGAUACAGAGCCUGCCAGUUAACGUUGAUGGGAAAGUUGGCAUGAAGAAGGUGAUGGAUGAAGUGAAAGCUUUCACAGGUGAGAAGAUUGAUGUCAAUAACCUGGAUGCUGUACUAAGAAGUAUGGGGAUUGAACUUGCUGAUAUGGAAUAUACAAAGCUGCUGAAAACAUUGCCAGUUAGUGGUGAUGGAAAGGUGCAUAAGAAUAGAUUACUGAAAGGUGUGAAGUCUCUCAAAAGAGGAAAAGUUGAUAUCAGCCACCUGUACCCUCUUCUGGAAAAAAUGGAUAUGAAGCUUACUGAAAAAGAACUCAUACAGCUGAGAGAAAUCCUGCCUGUUGAUGCUAAUGGAAAGGUUGAUCUGAAUAAGGUGAUAGAUGGUAUGAAAGAAAUUACAGGAGGAAAGGUUGAUAUCAAUGACAUGAAAACUGUUCUGGAAAACAUGGGGAUAGAACUCACAGAUAAUGAAUACUUGAAACUGGUGGGAAAUCUGCCAUUUGAUGAUGAUGACAAGAUCUAUCAAAAUAGGUUACUAGAAGGUGUGAAGUCUCUUAAAAGUGGGAAAGUCAAUGUCAACAACCUGGAGAAUAUACUGGAUAAUAUGGGAAUCAAGCUCGCAUAUAAGGAACUUAAAGAUCUGGCUCAAAAUCUCCCUGUUGGCGUUGAUGAGAAGAUUUCUCUAGAAACACUGAUGAAUAAAGUGAAAGUUUAUACAGGAGAGAAGGUUGAUUCUAAAAAUCUGAAAAAUGUCCUGGGAAACCUGGGGAUUGAGCUCACAGAUAAGGAACAAGAGAAGCUACUGAAAACACUGCCGACUGAUGCUGCUGGAAAGGUGUUUCAUCAGAGAUUGCUGAAGGGUGUGAAAUUUUUCAAGGGGGGAAUGAUUCACGCAAAUAACCUGGAUAAUACUCUAGAAAAGUUGGGAAUCAAGCUCACAGAAGAGGAACUAACAAAGCUGUCAGAAAAUCUACAAGUUGAUGCUAAUGGGAAGGUUGACCUGAAAAAGGUGAUGGAUGGAAUAAAAGCUACUACAGGAGGGGAGGUUGAUGGCAGAGAUGUGAAAUCAGUUCUGAGAAGCAUGGGAAUAGAGCUCACAGAUAAGGAAAGCUUGGAACUUGUAAAAAAUCUGCCUUUCAAUGAUGAUAACCAGGUCUUUAAGAACAGGUUGCUAGAAGGUGUGAAAUCUCUUAAAGGUGGGAAGGUCAAUGUCAACAACCUGGACACUACUCUGGACAACCUGGGAAUCAAACUCUCAGAUGAAGAACUUAAAGAUCUGAUGCAAAGCAUAUGUGUUGGUGUUGAUAAGAAAAUUUCUCUAGAAACAUUGAUGGAAAAAGUCAAAGAUUUUACAGGGGAGAAGAUUGAUUCUAGUGAUCUAAAACAUGUGCUGGGAAACCUAGGAAUUGAACUCACAGAUAAAGAACUAGAGAAGCUGCUGAAAACACUGCCAGUUGAUGCUGCUGGAAAGGUAUAUCAUAAUAGGGUGCUGAAGGGUAUAAAGUCUCUCAAAGAGGGGAAGAUAAAUAAGAAUAACCUCCGUACUAGUUUGGAGAAAAUGAAGGUCAAACUCACAGAAGAGCAAUUUGCUGAACUUUCAGAAAACCUACAAGCUGAUGCAAAUGGGAUGGUUGAUCUGUAUAAUGUGAUGGAAGGAGUAAAAGCCAUUACAGGGAAAGUUGAUGUCAAAAACCUGAAAACCAUUCUAGGCAACAUGGGAAUAAACCUCACCAAUAAGGAAUUUGAAGAUCUGAUACAAAACCUUCCAGUCAGUGUUGAUAAUAAAGUGGCUCUGAAAACCUUGAAUGAUGAAGUGAAAGCUUUUGCAGGAGAAAAGAUUGAUUCUAAUGACUUCCAAAAAGUUCUAAAAAACGUGGGGAUUGAGCUUACAGAUAAGGAAUGCAAGCAACUGUUGAAAGCAUUGCCCAUUGAUGCUGAUGGAAAGGUGUUUCAAAAUAGAUUGCUGAAGGAUGUGAAGUCUAAUAAAAGAGGGAAGGUUAAUGUAAAUAACUUGGAUACUACUUUAGACUUCAUGGGGGUCAAGCUCACUGAAAAGGAACUUGAUCUGGUAAAGAAUCUUCUGAGUAAUGCCGAUGAGAAAGUUGAUCUGAAAAAACUGAUGGAUAAAGUAGAAGUGGUUACAGGAAGGGAGGUUGAUAUCAAUGACAUAGAAACAGUUCUAAGAAAUAUGGGGAUAGAGCUCACAGAUAAAGACCUCUCAGAACUAAAGAAUAAUCUGCCAGUUGAUGAUGGAAAGGUCUAUCAGAAAAGGUUGCUGGAUGGUAUAAAGUUUCUUAAAGGAGGGAAGAUUGACACCAGUAAAAUGGAUACAGUUUUGGGAAAUAUGGGCAUGAACCUCACUGAAACGGAGCUUAAAGAUCUGACACAAAGCCUGCCAGUUGAUGUUAAUGGUAAGGUUGAUCUGAAAAAGGUGAUGAAUGGAGUGAAGACUUUUACAGGGGAGAAAGUUGAUACCAGUAAACUUGACAGUGUUUUGGAAAACUUGGGGAUUGAGCUCACACAUAAUGAACGCAUGAACUUGCUGAAGACACUGCCAAUUAAUGAUGAUGAAAAAGUGCAUCAGAAAAGGUUGAUGAAAGGCAUAAAAUCUCUCAAACAAGGGAAUGUUGAUGUCGAUAAACUGGAUACAUUUUUAGAAAACAUGGGGGUCAAGGUCACAGAAAAAGAAUUCAUGGAUCUGACAAAAAGACUGCCAGAUGAUGGUAGAGGGAAAGUCAAACUAAAUAAGUUGAUGGAAGAAUUGGAUGCUGUUUUAGGAGAGCAAAUAGAUGUUAGUGACCUAGAAAAUAUUCUGAGAGAUAUGAAAAUGGAGGUCACAGAUAACGACUACUUCGAUUUAGUAAAAGCUCUUCCAGUAGAUGCUGAAGGCAAGGUGUAUCAAAAAAGGCUGCUGGAUGGUGUGAAGACUCUUAAAAGAGGAAAAGUUGAUGAGAGUAACCUGGACACAUUUCUGGAAACUAUGGGGAUUGAACUCUCACGUAAAGAACUCGAAGAUUUUUCGCAAAACCUACCAGUUGAUGUUGAAGGGAAGAUUGAUCUGAAGAACAUAAUAGCGAGAAUGAAAGAUUUUACAGGAGAGAAAAUUGAUGUCAGUGAUCUGAAAAAUGUUCUUGGAGACAUGGGGAUAGAAGUCAAUGAUAAGGAAUGCCUAGAAAUGCAGAAAUUACUGCCAAUUGAUGGUGAUAAAAAAGUAUUUCUGAAUAGAUUGCUAACAGGUUUGAAGUCCUUCAAAGGAGGAAAAGUUGAUGUCAAUAACCUGAACACAAUCCUGGGAAACAUGGGGAUCAAGCUCAAAAAUAAGGAACUUAAAAGUGUGAUACAAAAUCAGCUUAUUGAUGCUAAUGGAAAGGUUCCUCUGAAAAAGGUGAUGGAUGACGUGAAAGCAGUCAUAGGAGAAAAAGUUAAUGUCAAAGAUAUGAAAAAUUUUCUGGAAGACCUUGGGAUAGAAAUCACAUCUAAAGAAUGCUUAGAACUGGCAAAAUGUCUGCAAAUUGAUGAUGAUGGAAAUAUAUAUCAAAGUAGAUUGCUAGAUGGUGUGAAAUCUCUCAAAGGUGGGAAGGUUGAUGUCAGUAAACUGGAAAACAUUUUGGAAAACAUGGAAAUCAAGAUCCCAGAUAAAAAAGUUAAAGAUUUGUCACAAAACCUACCAGUUGAUGCUUCUGGGAAGACUGAUCUGCAUAAACUGCUAAAAGAAGUAAAGAAAUUCACAGGAGGAAAAGUUGAAGCCAAGAGCCUACGAAAAGUACUGAGAAGCAUGGGAAUAGAGCUCACAAAUAGAGAACUCUGUGAGCUGGUGAAAAUGUUGCCAGUUACCGAUGAUGGAAUGGUGGAUAAAAAUACCUUGUUCGAUUUUAUAAAAUCUUUUUCUGGCGGGCAGUGUUAUGUCUCUAAACUGGAAAACGUCCUGGAAAACAUGGGUUAUGACCUGGAGUAUGAGGAAGUUGAGUACCUGCGAAACUGCCUGCCAGCUGAGGAUGACAGCAAAGUUAAACUGAGUAAACUCAUGGAAAAUGCAGAGUCGUUUUCAGGAGUCAAGUUUAAUGCUGAUGAAGUAGAAGACGUUUUGGAAAACAUGGGGGUAGUACUUACACCUAAGGAACGCUGGGAGCUGCUGAGAACUCUGCCAAUUACUUCUGAUGGAAAAGUAUAUCACAAUCGGUUGGUAGAUAGUUUAAAGACUUUCCAUGGAGGAAGGAUUUAUGAAAAUAAACUAGAAUCCAUUCUAGAAAAAUUGAACUUGGAACUUGAAAAAAAUGAAAUAAAAGAUCUGCGGAACCAUUUGAAAACUGACAGUAGUGGAAAUGUUCCGCUGAAUUCCCUGAUGAAUUUAACAAAAUAUUUUGCUGGUGUUAAGAUUAAUGCCAGUGACGUACAAUUUUAUCUAGGAAAUGUAGGUAUUGAACUUACAAGUAAGGAAAGCCAGAAUCUGCUGAACACGCUGCCAUUGAAUGGUAGUAGAAGGGUGUUUAAGAAUAGGUUGAUGGACGGGGUGAAGAAUUAUAAAGAAGGAAAAGUCAAUAUGAAUAAAAUAGAUGAUGCUCUUGAAACCAUGGGAUUUGAACUUGAAGAGGAAGAAAUUGAAGAACUGUGUGAUUACCUGCCAGUUGAUGGUGAGUAUUUCAAAUACCAUAGUGCCCCAUAAGAAAAAAUUUUGUUU